AUGUCACGAAACGAAGACCUCGAUCGCCUCCCAAAUGGAAAGAUCACCAAUGAUUACUUGAGAAGAUUAUGUAAAAGCAAAGGAGGAUACAUGACGGAAAAGCUGAAUGAGAAGCUUUACCUUCAGCAUAAGGGUGUAACAAAAAUUGAGAAUUUGGAUAAGUUUACCGGAGUGAAAGUACUGUGGCUCGAGUCAAAUGCUGUCAACAAAAUUGAGGGUUUGGAGUGUUUGAAAGAGUUGGCCUGUCUAUACAUUCAUCAGAAUUGUAUUGAACAUAUUGAGGGGAUCUUCCAUUGCGAACAGCUUCAUACAUUGAACAUUUCGGAAAACUUUAUUAGCCAUAUUCCGGAAGAGUUGGGAAAAUACUGCACCAAUCUUCAAACUCUCGAUUUGAAUAGCAAUCAAUUAAGAACAUUGGACUCUGUGAAGGCAUUGAGAUACUGUUCCAAAUUAUCAAUUUUAGAUCUAAGUAAGAACAAACUUUUUGACACAAUUCCCGAAAACAUGACUCAAGAGCAAGUCAUUGAAGAAUUUCUAGCCAUUUUGAAAUCUCUCACAGAAUUGAAAUUACUUCGGCUUGAGGGAAACCCACUUGUGAGAAUGAUUCCGAAUUAUCGAAAGGAAAUUAUCUCCCAAAUUCCUUCAUUAAAUUAUUUAGACAAUAUGCCAAUUUUUGAGGAUGAAAGAAGAACAGUGGAUGCUUGGAAACGAGGAGGAGUGGAAGAGGAGCGUGAGGAGAGAAAAAGAAUUGCACAAGAAAAGAAAGAAAAGGAAAGAAAAAACUUUGAGGCUUUUGAACGAUUGGUUGAGAACGCAAGGAAACAAGCACAACAAACUGAAAAAUCAAUAGAUGACUCUGAAAACGAAACUAAUGUUGAUGAACAAGUUGAAGAAUUCAAAACUCCUGAUGCAACUGCCCUCAUGACUAGCUCAGAAACAAAUCAAAUCUCUACCAACACCGAGAAAACACCAGUUGACGUUGCUGUUUCCAAUGGUGAAGAAAGUCUAUUUGAUAUUGAAUAA